UUGCAAUUUAAGGUGUACGUCAACAAAUUCAAAAAUGACUCAUUCGAAGCCCAUACCACAUCGGCGCCUAAAGCCAGUUCGCUAUCUUCAUGCUCGAAACCUCUUUGGAUUCGUUCCUUUCGGCUGCAUUCAUCGUCUAAGAAAAAGAAGCCAUCACGCAAAUCGGAAUUCGAGUUGCACAACGAGUCUUUGAUAAAAUCAACACUGGAACUGAAUUCGAACAAAACUCAUCGUUACUACAAGAACAAAUGUUCCAGUCAUGAUUUGUCGAGCAAAACAAGGCUGUCAUUUCAACCGAAACCGCACCGUGCCACAGAAGCCGUUCGACGUCGUUCAUGGCCAGUUGAUCAGUCCAUUGAAAGCCCUCUUCAAUUGCUCAAAAAAGCAAAGUCGACUCUGGUUGAACGCAGUCAGCUGGCUCAGACCGAAUUUGAAGAUAUGGUGGUGAAGACUUAUGCGUUAAUUUUCAUAUUGAACGUAAUUCCGAUUGCGUUUGUGUGCACGUUACCAAGUUUACAGCAUCAUCAUCAAAUGUAUGCAAAUGUAUGUGUUGAAGAGAAAAAAGCAGCUGUGCUGCACGUCUAA